AUGCACGACGAUACGUGGUCGGGAAUGUACACCACCACCACCGUCGAAGGCCCGAACCAUCCCGUGUACCCUGUGAACGUAUUCUCCGCCAACCCGACGCUGGCUCACGUUGACUACGAGAUGGCCAACUGGUAUAGCUCGACUCGUGCACAGAACCGGUUCACCCAAAUUCCCAUUUGCUCCAAGCGAACAACGACCGGAUUCCUGACCCUGGCUGACCGCGAGUUUAAGGAAACGAAGCAUGGCGAUACCAUUCGGUCGAAAACCAUUGCCUCGCGCGACGAGCUGAUCGAAUUGCUCCGGACAACCUUCGAGCUGGAGCCGCCCACGCUGACUGGCACAGCCGUAACAUCGUCGACAAAUCAACACUAGUAGUAAUUGCUGAUGGCUUGAAUGCUACUGGUAUAAUGUAUGGAGGACGGGCUGAGUUCGCG